AAGGCAGAAAAUCCCACAAUAUCUGCUUUGAACUGGGUUAUCUGAGUCCACACUCAGAUAAUGUGAAAUUUUCUGCCUUGAUAUUCUGGGAUAUAGGGCUGUGUGGAAGGGCCCUAUCUCUCCCCCACCCCCCAUUCAAAUGUUGCCCUUUCCUCUUCCCAAUUCCAGUCUCUCCUUUCUUAAUUCCCCCAAAUUUUAGUAAGUUCCCUUCUCUAUUCCUCUCUUCUCUUAUCCCAAUUCCAGUGUCCCCCUCCUCUCUUAUGCCCCCCAAUUCCAGCCCUGCUUCCUUCCCCCAAAUUCUGUGUCCUUCCUCUCUUCUCUUUCCCUCAGUUCAAACCUUGCCCUUUUCUCUUUCCAAUUCCAGUCUCUCUUUUCUCUUAUCCCCCUAAUUCUAAUUUCCUCUAUCCCUGUUCCCUUCCCCUCCAAUUCCAGUGCCCCUCUUCUCUCUUAUCCCCCCUCAGUUCCAACCCCCUUCGUCCUCCUUCUCUCCCACUCUUCUUUCCCCCAAUUCCAUCUCUCUCCCUCUCCUCUUUCUCCCAGUUCAAAUGUUGAUCUUUAUCUUCUCUUCCCAAUUCCAGGGCCCUUCCACACAGGCAUGUAACCCAGAAUAGCAAGGCAGAAAACCCGAUAAUAUCUGCUUUGAACUGAGUUAUCUGAGUCCACACUCGGUUCAAAGCAGAUAAUGUGGGAUUGUAUACAGCAGUGUGGAAGGGGGCCCAGCCUUUCUCCUCUCUUAUCCCCCUAAUACUAGUUCCCUUCUCUAUAUCCCCGUCUCCUCUUUCCCAAUUCCAGUGCCCCCCUUUGCUUUCCCUCCUCUCUUCUUCCCCCCAGUUCUAAUGUUGCCCUUUUUUCUCAAUUCCAGUCUCUCUCCUCUCUUAUCCCCCCUAAUUCUAGUUCCCUUCUUUAUCCUUCCCUUCCCCUCCAAUUCCAGUGUCCCUCUCCUCUCUUAUGCCAGCCAAUUCCAACCCCCUCUAUCUUUCUUCUCCCCCCCAUCUAUCUCUCCCUCCCUCUUUUCUUUCCUCCAGUUCAAAUGUUGCACUUCUCUUUUCCCAAUUCCAGGGCCCUUCCACACAGCCAUAUAACCCAGAAUAUCAAGGCAGAGAACCCCACAAUAUCUGCUUUGAACUGGGUUAUCUGAGUCCACACACAGUUCAAAGCAGAUAAUGUGGGAUUGUAUACAGCUGUGUGGAAGGGCCCCAGAAUAUUGAGGCAAAAAAAAUAUUCCACAAUAUCUGCUUUGAACUGGGUUAUCUGAGUCCACACUCAGUUCAAAGCAGAUAAUGUGGGAUUGUAUACAGCUGUGUGGAAGGGCCCCAGAACAUCAAGGCAAAAAAAUCCACAAUAUCUGCUUUGAACUGGAUUAUCUGAGUCCACACUCAGUUCAAAGCAGAUAAUGUGGGAUUGUAUAUAGCUGUGUGGAAGUGCCCCAGAAUAUCAAGGCAAAAAAUCCACAAUAUCUGCUUUGAACUGUGUUAUCUGAGUCCACACUGCUAUAUAACCCAGUUCAAAGCAGAUAAUGUGGGAUUGUAUACAGCUGUGUGGAAGGAACCCCUAAAUAUCAAGGCAGAGAAUCCCACAAUAUCUGCUUUGAACUGGGUUAUCUGAGUCCACACUGCUAUAUAACCCAGUUCAAAGCAAAACAUGUGGAAUUGUAUACAGCUGUGUGGAAGGGGGCCCAGCCUUUCUCCUGUCUUAUCCCCCCUAAUUCUAGUUCCCUUCUCUGUUCCUCUGUCUUCUCUUUCCUCCCAAUCCCAGGACUCCCCCUUAGUUCUCCCUCUUCUCUUCUUCUCCCCCAGUUCUAACGUUGCCCUUUUCUCUUCCCAAUCCCACUCUCUUAUCCCCCUAAUUCUAGCUCCGUUCUCUAUCCCUCCGUCUUCCCUUUCCUCCCAGCCCCAGGGCCCCUUUCCUUCCCUGCCUUUCUCUGUGUGUGUUUCUGCCUCUCCCUCCUUCGGGGCAGGGCUGCUGCCCCCUCGGCUCCGGGCACAAUGGAGCCGGGCAAUCCCUCGCCGCGCGAGGCUCAGAAAUGCAAAUCGCCGCCGCUGCUGCUGCCGCCUGCGGCUCGGUACAAUGGAAGGGAGGGAGCGAGAGAGAGAGAGAGAGAGAGAAAGGGAGGGAGGAAGGAAGAGAGAGAGAGAGAGAGAAGGCGAGGAGGAGAGGGGGGAGCCCCAUUGGCGGGGAGGUUCGCUCUCUCGCCCCGGCCCAGCCCCGGCGACGACGAGGACGACGACGAAGAGGAGGAGGAGGCGGAGGGCGACGCGGCGGGUCCCCGGAGCGCCCCUUCCUUCCUUCUUUCCUUCCUUCCUCCCUCCCUUCCUCCUCCUCCGCCUCGCCGCGCGCCUUGCUCAUGCUCCCACCUUACUACCGGUCCAGUGUGACGUGCCAGGUGCCAUCCCACUGGCUGCCCUUUCCUCCCUCAAGGACUGAAGCAUGUGAUCAGGAGCACCAUGGAGGGUACAGAUUACCAGUUGCCUUCUGCCAGCCCAUCCAGGGUGGCCCUUCCUUCCCCCUCCUCCUCCUCUUCCUGCGAUGGAGCUGAUACUCUGGCUUUCAAUGGAGAGCUGGAUCUGCAACGCUACUCCAACGGGCCAGGAGGUCCUGGGAGCGAAUCUCGACCUUACCCCUGCCCAAUCUGCGGCAAGCGUUUCCGCUUCAAUAGUAUCCUGGCCCUGCACACACGCAUCCACACCAGCGCCUACCCUCUCACCUGCCCUUACUGCGGCUUUCGAGCAGGGCAGCGGGCCAGCCUCCGCCUUCACCUCCGUUCGCACUGUCCUGAGGCCCGUGCCCAGCUCAACCACCAGAGCCGCCUGCUGCUCGAGUUGGAAGAGCGAGCACUUUUGCGGGGGCAAGAAGAAGAGGAGGGGAAAGAAGAGGAGGACGAUGAAGAGGAGGAGGAUGAAGAAGAAGAGGAGGAGGACGAAGAAGAGGAGGAGGAGGAAGAGGAACCAGUUGCUCCUGUCCCGCCCCCACCUCAGCCCAUCUUCCGCUGCCCGUUCUGUAAAGGCAAGUUCCGUACUGCUGCUGAACGCGAGCGCCAUCUCCGUAUCCUCCACCAGCCGUACAAGUGUGGGCAAUGCCCUUUUGCUGCUGCCCAGGAGGCAGAACUACAGUGGCAUCACCAGCAGGCCCACAACAUCAUUGCUGCAAAGCCGCCCACCCCUCCUGCCCCUGUCCGCGCCCCAGCCAAAGCCCCCUCUGCCACUAAGGCCGCCUCUGCUUCCACCACGCCUUCUGCCUCCGCCCCCAAUGAGUUCCGCUGCCAGGUUUGUGGACAAGCCUUCACCCAGUCCUGGUUUCUUAAGGGCCACAUGCGGAAGCAUAAAGACUCCUUUGACCACAAGUGCCAGGUGUGUGGGCGCGGCUUCAAGGAGCCGUGGUUCCUCAAAAACCAUAUGAAAGUUCAUCUCAGCAAGUUGGGUCUCCAGAGCGAACAAAGAGGGCUGGGGGCCAGUCGGUCAGCACAAAGCUUAUUGGUGGGCUGCGAGGCCCUUUAUCCUUCCCUCCUCUCUCCUCGGCCCACAGACAAAGCUGGUGCCAGCAAUUUCUUGGGCUACGGUGAUGCCAGCUGUGCUGAGCGCCUGCAGGCCACAGCACGGGCAGUGGAGAGUGGUCAGCAAUGGAGGGAGCGUCCUUAUGCAGCUGGGUCCAAGCUUGUUAGAGACCCAGGGGGGUCCCAUCGCUGUCCGGACUGCAGCCGGACCUUCAGCACAUUCCAGCAGAUGGCCUUGCAUCGUCAAAGCCACAUGUCCCAAGAGAGAGAAUGGAGCAAGGGACAGCCUCUCGGUUCUCACCUUCUCACAGGGCACUGGCUCCCCACUAAUGUGAGAAGCUCCACCGCAGCUAAUGUCAGCCCAGCUCUGCUGACCCAGGAGGAAAAGGACAUGCAGGGGCAGUCACGCCUGGAUGGAUCCCGCCGAGGCACUGGGAAAGACUGUCCAUUCUGUGGAAAGUCCUUUAGAUCCUCCCACCAUCUCAAGGUGCACCUCCGUGUCCACACAGGAGAGCGCCCGUAUAAAUGCCCACACUGUGACUAUGCUGGCACCCAAUCUGGUUCUCUGAAGUACCACAUGCAGCGCCACCACCGAGAGCAGAAGAGUGCGGCUGCAGCAGCAGCAGCAGCGGCAGCUGCCGCUGCAGGAACACUGGAACGGUGCCACAUCCCCCUAACUCCCAAUGCAGUCCCUGCUUUUUCCACUACGCAGCUCCCCAAGGGCCACGAUCCUUUCCUAUCUCUGGGAGGCUUGGGUGCAGCUCGGUCCCGUCCAUCCCGCCGCAAGUCAUUGCUCAAUGGGAAGGCCGACUUCCAACCUUUGGACCUGUCGCUGCGCCCAACCCUGGCAGGAGGAGCCCUCCACCGCUGUCAGUUCUGCCCCUUUGCCACCUCAGCUCCUGAGCUCAUGGAGCUGCACCUUCAGGUCCACCACAGUCGGAAAGCCCGUACCCGCCGCUGCUCUCACACAGCCCCUAAACCCCGGGCCAUGGCAGAGGAUGAGAUGUUUGAAAUCCAGAGUCCCCAGCAGAAAGGAUCUGAGUCCCUAAGUCCAGAAGAGGAGAGCACCAAACCUCAGGCCUUUUGGCAUUCAGAAGAACAGGGAGACUCUCCCAGGCCUGAUAUGCCUCAAGGGAAGCGGACUCCCGAUGAAGCGAUUUCUCCUGGAAUGCCACCAGUUCAACAUAGCUGGGAGACCAUGUCGCAAAACUCUGAGGAGCCAAGACCUGAGGAGGAAUUGCCCGAACCUAUGGUCCAAAAGGGACCGCACCAGGAGGCAUCUAAGACAGGCCAAAGCCUUAUGGAAUUGCAGUUGGAGCCAGUGCAGGCUUGAAUAUCUCUAUUCUGCAUAUAUAAACCAGUUUCGAACCUGUUAACUGUCAUGACAACUCCCAUCCAAGGGACCUUGGGAACAGUAGCAUUUUCUACGAUGUGGCACUCUUUUACAACAAAUUCUUCAGAGCCCUAACAAAACUACAAUUCCCAGGGUAAGGGCCUUGGAGAGCCUAUAGUUUAGUGGUAGAGCACAUGCUUUGCAUGCAUUAAUGUUCCAGGUUUAAUGCUUUGUACCUCUAGCUAAAAGACAGGUCUCGGAGAGUCCACUACUGGUGACCUUGAUUGGACAUGUCCUGUCAAUACAGAAAGACUGGGGCUAGGUGGCUGACUAGCGGACUGGCUCAAGAAAAGUUUUGAAAGAAAGUUAAACCAGUUUCAGAUCUGUGAACAUUUGUAGCAUAGAUGUGCAGAGAGCAGGAGAGGCAGCUCACCAAAUGCCUUCCAGAGUGUUAUGCAUCCCUCUGUGAGAGGCAUUGAAGUAGAAGGUGGUAGGGUUGCUGUUGAAACAGGUUCCUGUCUUAAACAGCAAGGCAGAAAUUCCAAAGGUACUGGUGUUAUCUGACAUGCAGCUGUUAGCAGCAUAGAAACCCUACCUGGAAAAGAAAAAAAAGUGCCAACCCUGGGAGAUAUAAGAGAAGCUGGGGUAUGGAACCGGGCCGUGAUGCUGUAGCAAUCCUUUGAUUUUUUUUUUUUUUUAGUCAAACAGGGUUUGGGGGUGAUGCGAUUGGGUACAUUGGAUUCCGACCCCUUGUUUUCUUCUCAGUCCUGGGCUUGAUGCUGCUCCCUUUUUGGUGCCGUUGUAUGAGGGCUUGGUUCCUUUCAGAUCUCAUUAUUGGCAUAAGUGAUGCCCUUCCUAUGGUCGACAACUUCUGGGGCACACCUUGAAAAAGUUUUGUAUGCGAGGAACCUUUCCGCAGGUACAUCUUUUCCCUCCAUAUUGCUGCUACGGUAGAAGCUGAACCCUUCGGAGUCUUCCUGGACCAAUUCCUAACAACCCAGGAGCCGUGUUUCCUAUUCAGCCUAUUUUUUUUUCCUAUCAAGUGCCACGGAGGCAGCGCCAAGCACACCGGGCCCAAGGGGACUUCAAGUACCUACAAUGGGGACUUCAAGUACCUAUGAAUGGGGCCUUGACUCCAUAGUAACCGCGUGCCGCAGUCUCUUGUGUGCGUAGCAAGCGGCCCAGUGCCAGUAUCUUUUCUCUUUGUAGUGAUCCAGCAACAGAGCUUUGUUUCUGUAGUGACCUGGCAUGUCAGGGAGCUUGACGACUUCUAGAGUUUUCUAUUUUUUUAUUGUUUUCUUGUAGAAAAAAAAAUUGAAACUGGAAAUAAAAAUAAGACGAGAAAUGA